AAAAAAGAAAAAAACAUGAUUAUCACCAGGUCACCAUCUUCCAUUUCAGAUUAAUCAAAUCCUCAGUAAAUUUAAAUUUCAUUAUAUAUUCACUUUCUUCUUCAAUUUUCUUCAUUUUAAUUUCCAAAAAAAUAAUUUAUUUUUAUCAGUAAAAAUGGGUGAACCGAAAGUAACAAUGGAAGUAGGAAACGACGGCGUUGCAGUAAUCAAAUUCUCUAAUCCACCAGUUAAUGCUCUUGCUAUUCAAAUUUUUGCUGGAUUAAAGGAGAAAUGGAAUGAAGCAGCUAUGAGAAAUGAUGUUAAAGCUAUUGUUUUGACUGGGAAUGGUGGGAGGUUUUCUGGUGGUUUUGACAUCAAUGUUUUCGAAAAGGUUCAUAAAACAGGUGAUAUUUCUCUAUUGCCUGAUGUUUCUGUUGAUCUCGUGAUGAACACUAUGGAAGAUGGGAAGAAGCCUGCAGUGGCUGCCGUGGAAGGACUUUGUCUUGGAGGUGGCCUGGAAUUGGCAUUGGGAUGCCAUGCACGCAUUGCUGCGCCAAGAACACAACUUGGGUUGCCAGAGCUUAGCCUCGGAGUUAUUCCUGGCGCUGGAGGUACACAACGUCUUCCAAGGCUUAUAGGGUUGUCAAAGGCCAUCGAAAUGAUGAUGACAUCCAAACCAAUAAUGUCAGAAGAAGGGGAGAAGCUAGGUCUUAUUGAUGCUAUUGUCCCUUCCACAGAGUUGUUAAAAGUAGCUAGACAGUGGGCACUUGAUAUUGCAGAAAGGCGCAAACCUUGGAUGCGUCCCCUUCACAGGACCGACAAAAUUGGUUCCAUUUCAGAAGCACGUGAAGUACUGAAGCUGGCUAGGCAACAAGUGAAGCAAACAGCUCGGAAUAUGCCUCAGCACUUGGCAUGCCUUGAUGUAAUUGAAGAAGGCAUAGUCCAUGGCGGACAUAAUGGGGUUGUCAAGGAAACUAAAGCAUUUGAGGACCUUGUAUUAUCAGAUACGGCAAGAGGUCUUGUUCAUGUAUUUUUCUCCCAACGGGCUACAUCAAAGGUACCUAAUGUAACUGAUAUUGGUCUGAAACCAAGGCCGGUGAAGAAAGUUGCCAUAAUAGGUGGAGGGUUAAUGGGUUCAGGCAUAGCUACCUCUCUUGUUCUGAGCAACAUAUCUGUUAUUAUCAAGGAAAUUAAUCCCGAGUAUCUUCAGAAGGGGAUAAAAGCAGUUGAAGCAAAUAUCCGAGGUUUGGUAGCGAGUAAGAAGUUGCAGCAGGACAAAGCAAACAAAGCUUUCUCAAUGGUUAAAGGGGUACUGGAUUACUCAGAAUUUAAGGAUGUGGAUAUGGUCAUUGAGGCUGUCAUUGAAAAUGUUCCGCUAAAACAACAAAUCUUCACUGAUAUUGAGAAGGUUUGUCCUCCCCACUGUAUUUUGGCAACCAAUACAUCUACUAUCGACCUCAACAUAAUUGGGGAAAAGACGAGAUCUCAAGAUCGGGUUAUAGGGGCCCACUUUUUCAGCCCUGCUCAUGUGAUGCCUCUGCUGGAGAUAGUGCGGACGGAGAAGACAUCAGCUCAAGCAAUUCUUGACCUCAUGGCUGUUGGUAAAACAAUAAAGAAAGUACCUGUUGUAGUGGGAAACUGUACUGGUUUUGCUGUCAAUAGGACAUUCUUUCCAUACGCCCAGAGCGCAGAUAUACUCGCCAAUCUUGGAGUGGAUAUCUACAGGAUUGAUUCACAAAUCACUAGCUUUGGUCUCCCUAUCGGUCCAUUCCAGCUUCAGGAUUUAGCUGGAUAUGGAGUAGCUCUUGCCUCAGGGAAAGGCUAUACUUCGGUGUUUCCUGAUAGAACAUUUAAGUCUCCAUUGCUUGACCUUCUAAUAAAGAGUGGGCGAAAUGGUAAAAAUAAUGGAAAAGGAUACUACAUUUACAAGAAGGGAGAUAAGCCAAAACCUGAUCCUUCAGUGCUUCCAAUUGUUGAGGAGUCCAGAAGGCUCACUAAUAUUAUGCCUGGAGGAAAGCCAAUAUCUGUCACUGAUCAAGAAAUUGUUGAGAUGAUACUCUUUCCCGUUGUGAAUGAAGCAUGUCGUGUUCUGGAUGAAGGGAUCGUAGUCCGAGCAUCGGACCUUGAUGUCGCUUCUGUACUUGGAAUGAGUUUCCCAUCUUACAGAGGUGGUAUUGUUUUCUGGGCAGAUACUGUUGGGGCUGGUCAUAUAUAUAAAAGUCUUCGCAAGUGGUCAGAAUUAUAUGGUAAUUGCUUCAAGCCAUCAAAGUUCCUGGAAGAGAGAGCAGCAAAGGGCAUUCCCUUGAGCGCUCCUGCUUCUACAUCUUCAGCAUCAAGGUCACGCAUGUGAGCGAUGAAUUUAUGUCUUCAGAUACUGUGGAAACAGCACCUACUUUGACCUCUUCAUCGUCACGGUCAUAUGUUUUAUCUAAUGGAACCAUUGUUGGGAUUGAGAUCUUAUUCAAAGAGAAAAGAUCUCAAAUAUCUGGAGUUUCUUUGUGUAUAUUAUAUGAUCCAAUCCGCAAGGAUCAUGAUUGAGAAUUAUUUGAUCGUCUUUCUUGUUUGUCCAUAUAUAA